CGGCCCAUGUGACCGAGGGGAACCAGGCUUUGGACAAACCGCUGAAUCCACACUCUCCAAACAAGAGCUGUUGUCUUUUGAGAACAAAAACACAGUGAAGAAAAGAAAGAGGCAGAGUCAUUGUGGACCUUUUCUUCGGGGAAUAUCCUGCACCACAACUUUGUUUGUUUUCUCUUUCUUCCUCGUCCUCUCCCUCCUCUCAGAUCUCGAUGCUUUGCUUUGGGAUUUGUACUCCAAAUCCAUCAAAUUCCUCUCUUGAUCUUUCUCUUUGUCAUCUGAAACAAUUCAAGCUGCAAUUUUUCUCCAGAACUUUGCAACCAAACAAACUGAGACAAACGUUUGCAGAAUUUCAGAGGGACUAAAAGUUGAAUCCAAGCCCGGUUCUGGAAUGAAUUUAACCGAGACCAGCUUGUCCAGAGAGACUCUUCUGCAUGCCAGCCGGAUGACUCUCGGGGGCCCCUGGGCGUCCGGGACCCCGAGCCCUGCCUCUGAUUCUGAGAUGGGUUUUGAGCAGAGCCUCUCCGGGGACUGCAGCUCUCCUGAAGGCCUUGGAGCCGUGACCCUGAGGAGAACAGAGCCCAGGAUCUCUCUGACCUCCAGCUCAGGGGCACAGAGUCCGGACCUGACCCCGGCAGGUGUGUCGGCGGGCCUGGCCGAUGGGAAGGCUGUGGGUGGGGAGCAGAGAAUCCGCAGGCCCAUGAACGCCUUCAUGGUCUGGGCCAAAGAUGAGAGGAAGCGUCUGGCCGUGCAGAACCCUGACCUGCACAACGCCGUGCUCAGCAAGAUGCUCGGUCAGGCCUGGAAGGCCCUGAGUGCUCCAGACAAGCGGCCAUUUGUGGAGGAAGCAGAACGUCUUCGUGUCCAGCACCUCCAGGACCAUCCGAACUACAAGUACAGGCCUCGCCGCAAAAAGACCACCAAAAAAUUGAAGCGUGUUGAGCCGGGGCUUCUGCUUCACAGUUUAGCCCAGGGCGGGGCUACAGGCCUCGGAUUGGGACACUUGGGAGAUGACGGUCACUCUGGAGGUUCUCCUUAUGGACAUCUAGGCGUCCACCAUAGCCAUCACCAUCACUCCCACCACCUCCUGCACUCUCUUGGGCACUUCAGGGACCUCCACGCCCCAGGACACCUCGAGCUGGAGACCUACGGCCUGCCCACCCCAGAGAUGUCCCCUCUAGAUGUUCUGGAAGAUGGGGCUGGGGAAUCUGUGUUUUUCCCCCAACAUAUGCAGGAAGAGGCAGGGAUGGGAGGUUGGAGUGGCUACCACCACCACCCUAACCCUCAUAACCAGCAUUACAGCCAUAAUUACAACAACCACAGUCACCACAACUCCAUAAAUGCAGCGACACACAGUCAGAGUUCAGGAAUGAGUGUUGGUGCCAGCACGUGUUUGAACUCCAGUUUGAGUCCAGGUAGAAGCUCCAGGGUCGAUUCUCGAAUGAGUUCUGCUGAGUCAAAUAUGACCUCAGGCAUGAGCUCUAGGUUGAAUCACAUCGCCUUGAGGAGUCCAGUGAAAUGCCCCCCAGCUCUAUCCGACUCCUCCUCCCCUGUUUCCUACCCACAGCCCUCCAUCAGCCUCCCUGAGCCGAUCAAAUCCCACCAAACCCAACAUCAACCUACUGCUUCAGUCAGCUACUACAGCCAGGUGUAUGGGAACAGCGCUCCAAAUGCUGCCUAUUACAUGCCCUCUCACCUGGGGCAACUUUCACCUCCUCCUGAAACUCCUCCUUCUUCUUGCUCAUCCUCCUCCUUGCAAACAUCAACCUUCCCUCCUCCUUUGCACUUAGACCCUUCAAAUCCUGAGUCCUCCUGCCAUUUGGGGUCUUCUUCUGCUGAGUUUUGGUCCGAGGUGGACAGGCAUGAAUUUGACCAGUAUGUAAAUGUAGGGAGGAACCGAGAGGAGGCCUACGGGUGCAGUGGGGGCUCUGGUAGUGUGUCCAAAGUUCUGAGUGGGCGCAGUAGCAGUAGUGUAGCGAGUAGCAUGAACAGCAGCAGUAUUAUUAACAGGGAUGUUAGUAGCCUUUUGAGUAGUGCUGGUGUGUGUGAUGAUGGGAGCAGCCCUCUUAUAACGGCUCUCUCUGAUGCCAGUAGUGCUGUUUAUUACAGUGCCUGUAUCACUGGAUAAAUACACCAUGAGCCAGUUGUCAUAGUACCUCCUUUCAACCAGCACAGUUGGACUUGGUUUAUGUUAACCAUUGUUACAGGAAAGCUGUGUUGGGAUUAGUUUUGGCUCAUAUUCUUAGUCAUUGUCAUGCCUCGCUUAUCACUCAAAUAUUGGCUGGCUAGCUAACCAGCUUUUCUUGACCACCACAGGCUUGUGCAACUAGUUAACGUCUGGGAGGUUUAGUAUGUUAACUAAUUACAAAAGAGGCCUACAGUACUUGUGCUGGGCAGAUACAGUAAACAGAAAGCCCCUUAAGGAGCAUUGUGUUUUCACUUACUUAUCAGAAGUGCUAGGUCUGUGUUAGCAUGUGUAAUGCUAAAAAACUGGAACCUUUAUCAAUAGCUAAAUACAUUUAAGACAUGUAGGCUAAAUUAUUUUAUUGUCUGAAGGAUUCAGGGCUGUAUAUCAACAAGUGCUUGUCUUAGUUGAAGUGCCUUCUUUCUAUUUCCUGUUUCAUGGCUUUUGUUUCUCUUUACCCUUUCUGGUGACACUCUACUUACUACAUGAAGAUUAUGCAAGCAACGUGAUUUAUUUAAUUGCACUCUAGUCUGAACUCUAGUCAUCAGAAAAGUCGGAAUUUCAAGAUCAUCUCAUAUAUUUUAUAUUUCAUCUCAGGACCAGACAGAUAUUCAUCUCCACUGAACUUCAUAGAGUUUAGGUUUAUCAUCUCAAUUUUUAAAUGGGAAUGUGAAGACAGUAAAGAAGAAAUGUGGGAGAUGGACAGAGAGAAAAAGACUGGAAAGAGACUUGGUCCAGCCUCCACAUAUCUCCCAGCGUUUUCGGGAAAGCCUUGGCCACGGACCCAGAGCAGACCACUGAUGUCUCCCACAAACGUUCAGUGUGUUUUACAAGCCGAGUCGGGUAUUUUCUGACCGUGAUAUAUGCCAUUCCCUCUCUGUCUCCUUCCAUGACAGGGCCUCAAGUUCAAAUCCAUGCCAAAAUCUCCAAGUCUUAAAUUGCUUUGCUCCAUGGCAAGCACAAACAUGUUGAUGAUUCCAAGAUGAUUCCUUUUAACCAGUUAGCAUCACUGGUAUAACAUGCAAAUCAAUUGUUUUGACAAAAUGCCUUUUUUUAAAUGUUAAAAAGUGUAAUUUAAUCUAUAAAUACAAAUAUUGUGUUUUACAAAUGAAGUGCCAUUGGAAUAAAUCUGGUGGGAUUGGAAGCACCUUUACUUUUUAACUCAUCAGGUCUAAGGUCUUGAUAUUCUCCAAUCAAUGCAUCUUCAUUUCCCUUUAACAUGUAAGGUCUUUUGAUGUAUGGGUAACGUUUUUUAUACGUAGCCUUUUACUGUAUAUAUAUAUAGAUGCUGUGCCUUUUGGCAGUAUGUGAAGGAGAAAUUGAGACUAUGAAAUGUUCUCUUUGCACUGGGUUUAAUGUCUUAGCUGUAUAGAAGGAACACUACUUAUAAAAGAUCAGAAUGUCCAUAAUUUUAGGUUUUGUACAGAAAGGACUGUGUUUGUUUUGUUUUAAUACACUAGAUUAUGUUUUAUGAAUUUGUCUUUAAGGAAUAAGUUGACAUUUUAUUUGCUUUCUAAAUUAGAAAAUUGAUACCACUCUUGUGCGUGUUAAAUACCGAGCUAAAGCCAGGAGGUGAUUAGCCUAGCUUAGCAUAAAGAUAGCUAUCAGGUGCAAACAGCUAGCUAAGUUUCUUCCAAAUGAAAAGGUCUGCCAACUAACUUCUUUAGUAUAUAGCAGCUAACAUAGCUCUCCGUAGAACAGAACAUGUCAAUUGCAUAUUCCUGUUUGUUCUUUAAUUCAACUAUUUGAACUGAUCCAGGCUAACUGUUUUCCACUGCUUACUGUCUUGGAAAGAAAGUAAAUAAGCAUAUUUCUCAAUGUCGAACUAUUCCUUAAUUAAUAGAUGCUUUGAAUAUAAAACCCUUGGACAGUGUGUUUUCUUUUAUUGUUUAAACCGUAAUGUUGCAUACUUGCUUUCAAAGAAAAUGUUUUAUUGUGAAGAUCUUUAUUUAUCUUUCAUGUUUCACUUUGCUCUACCGGUGACUUUAGCAAGCCCUCAGACCAAUGUUAACGGCUGGAUAUUAACAUGAAUUUGUGGUUUUGUUUUGUGCUGAAAAAUAAAAAAUAAAUAAAAGUUGUAGCCACUGUA